ACCAAGAUGACAUGACUCUAUUGGACGAAGGCAACAACAAUGACCUUUUUUAUGAUGACGAUCUUGAUCACCCUCGCUCUCCAUCUCCACCAUCUCGCCCACAAUCCGCCAGUCCCGAGUUCAUCGAAAACAUAGAUAAUACACCGACAAAUCCCAGCGCUGACAAUCCAGUCCCUUCCACAAUGAACCAUGCUGGCCCUGGUGCUGAUGAUGAGGAUCUGCUUCAAGAGCUCGUUCCUGCUUUUCAACAGACACCUCCUGUUCGACUACUUUACCUACAGGCAGCGAUUGCCCACAUUGUUGGAUCCUCGACAGUCGCCGAGGCCACCAAUCAGAUUCAAGACGGCCUGGAUCUUAUUGAGCUUUGUGGUGCAUUACCGACAUUCCCCAUUCCUCGACGCUCGAUCAUCACCGUGGAGAAACACUUAGGACUCCAAACGGAUGACUAUGUUUUAAGGAUCCCUAUAUGUGAUGUAUGCUACAAACGCUACUCUCUCGACAACAUUCAGAAACUCGACACCCCUAUAUGCAUGGUCUCUUGUUGCAAAGGGAACGUGUAUCGUACCAAACGUGAACAUACAGACCCCGCAACAGGCGAAGAUCGGUUCAAGUGUAUCCCUGUAAAGGUCCUCGUUUAUUGCCCUAUAAUCAAAGCAGUACAGCGCUUCCUCCUGAGGUCAACAUUUGUCAGCAAUCUAUGAGACA